GGGGGCGCGGGCCGUGGCAAGCGGAGCUGAGAACUGUGCCGACUUGAGUUUCCGAAAUCGCAAAGCUUGGGCGGUUGAGACGUGAGAGGGGUGCUCCGAGAUGGCGAAACGAGACACAAGAGGAAAUUUUUAUCCUCGUGGCAUUUGCAUGAUGGGCUGCAUUGGGCUGGGACGCUGCCUGAUGGAAAUCUGUGGUAUCUUUGCUGAUCAUGCUGGGUGUUGCAACAGGGGCCAUUAAUGGCCUGUGGUGGGCGGGUGACCGCGCUGUAUAAUGAGAAAUAUCGGACGCGAUCAUCGUGAGGUGGGCGUGGCGUUGGAAGAAGAAGUCGGGACCGGGAGGAUGCACCGAACUGUGCUAGAAAGGGAGGACGGCUCGUUGGCAGCUGGGAGGCAUGCGUAAAACACGCCCGUCGCUUGGUUUCGCCAAUAUAUAGUCUUCCCCCAUGCAACCAUCGGCACCCGCUUCCUGACCGCCACCCCCGGUCCACGGCCGAUCUCAUGGACGACCCUCUCAGCCCCCUCGCCCGAAAGCGCAAGCUCCCCGACGUCGACGACCGCCGCUCCGCCCCCGCCGGCGUCCAGGACCCGUCCUCGUCCUCCGCCGCCGCCGCCGCCGACCAGCUCCUCGGCGAACCGACCGCCCCGACGCUCGAGGCCCCCAGGCGGACGUCCAGCACAUGCUGGUCGGACGGGAACGCGCUCUGGCAGGCGGCCUCCUCGGCGUCGUCCUCCACCGUGCCGCCACCGACCCUCGUAGCGGAGCCCCCGAGCCCCUCUAGCCCCAAGCGUCCGAGGACCGAGUCUGGAGCCUCGAUCCCGCUGUCUCCAAGCACAUCGCCGUCGCCGUCCCGCAAGCGCACAAGACCCACGCAGCGCGGGUCCGCAAGCGUGCCCCGGCGGAUGCAGCGCCACGCAUCCGCACCCGCAGCCGUCGCUCGCAGCCACUCGCCCAUCUCGCCUGUUCCGGUCGACCUCAGCAGCCCAUACAUUCCUUGCCUGCAGCCGUUGAUCAACCGGGAGACGCUGAAGGAGCUUGAUCUAGAGCAGAUUCUGAGGAACCCUCAGCUGCGGCACGAUCUGCUCUUCGACUCCAACCUCCAGUUCCGUCCGACGUCCGGCCGUCGGAAGCGCGAUCUCGUGGACAACUAUUGGCGUUCCGUCCUUCAGGAGCUCGAAAACGGCUGUACAUGCAUCACGUUGGAUUAUGGCAGCCGCAUCGUCGACCUCAAAUGUGCAUGCAAGCGUAUUCCUCGCGCAGGGUCGCAGCCGCUUCUGGUGCUCUUUGAGUCGGAUCGGGUGAUGACCGUCCGCAUGCCCUCUCGUUUACGUCCUCUGCUAUCCGAGCUGCUGGAGGUCCUCCUUUCGGUGAUCCAGCCUCUGCCGUCGACCUCAUCUGGCUUCUACAUGCAGCAUCCCACGACCGGGGUCUCCGGGCAGCAGCACCAGGCCGAGCAGCACGCCGCGCAGGCCGCGCUGCUGCGUUCCGUCCUAGAUUCGGACCUGAUCGAGCAAGAACUCAAGCACGGGCUGUUUGAUCCAUCAGGUCUGUUCCGCGUCAUCGGCGAGACGCUGAAGUGCCACUGCGCCCCGAUGCGGGACCGGGCGGUGGAGAGCAUGGUUCAGAUCGCGCAAACCUGCGCCUCCGGCGGCAGUGGCACCAAAGCCGACGCCGUGAAAGCUCUGCGAAUGUGUUUCGAGGUGCUCGAGUUCAUGAAAUUGGACAUUGCGAACCAUCAGCUGCAGACCCUGAGACCGUUUCUGGUGCAAUCAUCCGCGGAGUUUGAGCUGAAGACGUUCCAAGAACGUCGAGUCCACGGUCAUCUCGCGUUGACGACCACACGGCAAUGGAUUGAGGCUGCGCACCAGCAACUGCUCUCGGUACCUUCCCCGCUACCGUACUUUGCUGCGUCACCUCCUUCCGUGCAGCUACGGCUGAUCGCCCUCCGCGCUAUCGCCGAUCUUAUCUUCGUUCCCCCAUCGACGGCGCCCUUAACUCCUUUACCUCCGCCGACGACUACCCCGACCCACCGCCCACCGCCGGCGAUCGCGCCGCUUCCCGGUUACCCAGAAACGUUGUACUUGGACCAUUCGAGGAUGGUCGUCCUUAGCGCCGAUGCGGCCGACCUGACGUCAUUAUAUAUGCUCCUCAUGCUGUAUCGUCAGCUCGUCUUCUCGUCAUCCUCAAAGGCUGUGCCCAAGGUUGCUGUCACUGACGCGGAGCUGCAGCGCGUGAAGAAGGAAAUCUGGGAGGUCGGCCCGUCAAGAGUAGGCUAUUGUUUCUCACAGGGACGCAGUAGACGGCCUAGGGAACGAGACGAGAGGACCGAGGAGGAGAAAGAGAAGGAUAGGUUGCGUUAUGAAGAGAAAGAGAAGAAGGAGUGGAAGAAGUGGCAUACGAGCAUGCGGGACGUGCUGCUGCAGAUUGCACUGCGGGCGACGACGGCGCGUAUACCCGGAGCUGCCGCGACUUCAUCUCCGCUCGCGACGCCUGCCACGACGCCAGCACCGGACGAAGCGACCGUCAAGCUCGUCGAACGCUGGGCGGAUACUAACCUUCGGUAUGGCUCACCGCUGAGCACGCUCCUUCGAGAUCGAUUGCGGAACGCGGUUCUGGAUGUGGUCAUAGAGAACGUGCUGAAGCUACCCCCGAAGAAAUCGACGCAUCCAGAUGCGACCGCGCCGUCUCCGGCGGCGACGAUGUCCGGCUUGGAGCCACUUACAUCGGAAAUCAAGCACCUCGGCGAACGCAUCGCGAAGCUGGCCACGAUACACCUCAACGUAUACGGACCCUUGUACGAGCAAAACGGAUUUAUGGACGCCGCGGCGUGUUAGGUGGGCGAACUGGGGACUCGGGCUUUUCGAACCAGUCGCCAUUUCCACUCGUUUUCGGAGCGUGUGCAGAGUUACUCUAUUCAUAUGCAUGGCGCGCCUCGUUCCACACCGACGACUUACAUUGCUUCCCGGGUCUCAACUAAUACGUUACCACUCUACCGUAUUAUUCUUCUAUUUGUAAAUAACGAACGUGAAUGCCCCAUAGAACGAAACCCAG